CUAUGCGCAUUGCGCAAAUUCCAAUGUCUAAUUGUCUAUUCAAUUUUUCGCUAGAGGUCGCAGUUCCUUUCAGCAAAAUAGUUUAGGGUGGUGUUACGACAAAUUAAGAAUAAUGGCAAAUCUUCUCCUGCGUCGCGCGCUGCUUGAUGCAAUCCGCGUGCCAGCUGGAACCCGCUCCGUCAGUGAACUUGCCAAGGUGGGCAACAGGGAGUGGGUGGGCUACGGCUACAACGGUCAGCCCAACUACGCUGACAGGCCCGACUUCCCCCUCCCAGCUGUCAGAUUCCGCCCGGACACACCCGAUAUUAAGGCCCUCCGCGAAAAGGAAAAGGGAGACUGGCGCAAGUUAACUCUGGAAGAGAAGAAAGCCCUGUACCGUGCAUCUUUCUGUCAAACCUUUGCAGAAUUCCAGGCCCCCACUGGAGAGUGGAAGGGCGCCUUCGGCUGGGCUCUCUGCAUUGCCUCUCUCUCUGUGUGGAUCUACAUGGCCAUGAAGAUGUUCGUGUACAGUCCACUGCCUGACUCCUUCAGCGAGGAGAGCCAGAAGGCUCAGCUGAAGCGUAUGCUAGACUUGAAGGUGAACCCGGUGGACGGACUGUCCUCCAAGUGGGACUACGAGAACAACCGCUGGAAGUAAACUGUUGACCGUUUGGUGCUUGGCAAACAACGGUACACUAGCGGUAGAGUAGACUUGUUAUAUAAGUGAAUGAUAUCUGUAAGAUAAUAAAAUAUAUGUGAUUCCAAA